ACGUUAAGUUUGUAUUUUGCAACUGCAUGGUUAUUAUUACUGCUAUACAUAUGCAUGUAUUGGUGAAAUAUCUUCUUGUUUUUUUCACUUCGCUUAUAACUUUAAACGGCUGUUAGUCAAUUAAUGUCAAGUCUAUUAAAUGUUUAAAUACGAAUUCCCUUCAUUGAAUAUGAUCAAAUUUGCCAAACUUUUUUUAAGGCCCUCUAGUGAUCACGAGAAUUACAGGAUGCUGAUUGUGAUGGCAUAAUUAGUAUAUUAUAAAUACAAACCAUCAGCUGUUAAAAAAAGAAAAAAUAACAGUUAUAAUAUUACUUUAAAAAAAAUCGCGCGAACCUCAUUUGUAAGUAGUAUGUAAUACGCCAGAGUUCUGUCAAACCAUCAAAAUUCCAACUAGUAUUCUGUGUAGACGGCAUUUUCGAUGCGUUUAGUCCUAGCACCAGGCACUAUAGUACUCAUUAGACAUAAUGACAUUAAUACUAAUAAUAGUAUUAACCUAACACAUAAUGGAUUUUGUUGACAGCUCCAAAAAUUAGGCAUUAUUCCUCUUGGCAUAGUUCGGUUUGUUGUGUCAAAUAAAGGUAUAAUCAUGCUGCCAUUUCUCUGUUCAUUAAAAAUACAAGGCUCACAUUUUGUAAAACUUUAUAAAUUAUUGUCGGCUGUAAAGCGCCCAACGAUUGCCUUGACAUCUAUAAAAUAUAAUUUUAAUUUUAGAAUAAAAGUUGUGGCUAAUUACAGGUUUGUUGGAAGGGCAAGAGAUCAGCUAUUAGCAACAGCUACCAGUUGUAGAUCAACAUGCUUGUUUUGGUUUUAUUUUUCUGGGUGUUUGCUACACUUUGGGCUUUCAAACAUUUCUGAUCUAAAGUUGAUUCCCUGCGUACUUUCAGCACAUAAUCAGGAUGUACAAUUGGGAAGUAAGAGCCUACUUUUCAGGGUAUUCCACAGAAUAUUGUUUAUUCUAUGGGAAGCUGUACAACUGUUUUUUCGUUUAGGGCUUUUGCUUGUAAUUUUUGUCCCAGUGGUUUCUCUCUAUCCAUUAUCCAUGAUUAGUAAAGUACUUGAAGAUUUGUGGUGUAAUGUUUUGUUAUUAUCAAUUCAAGCAGCAGGACCAGUGUUCAUUAAAUUUGGUCAGUGGGCAAGUACCAGAAGAGAUAUCUUGAGUGAAAACACCUGUAACUAUCUUGGUACUUUACAGCGCAAUACAAAACCUCAUUCGUGGAAGUGUACAACUAAAAUAUUAACAGAAGCUUUUGGGACAAAAUGGAUGGACUUUAUUGUCUUAUUUGAAAAUAACAAAGAACCUAUUGGAUCUGGUUGUGUUGCUCAAGUUUACAAAGCAUAUAUUAACCUUGGUUCAUUAUCACAAUGUGAUGAUAAGAUUAUGGAAACAAUAAAGAAACAGUACAAUGUUACAUCAGCUCAAAUAGCAGAGCAGCAACUGACAGGCCAUCCAUUUGUGGACGAUCAACCACAAUUUGAAGAUAGUAAUGCUGAUAAUAAUUGUUUCAUCCCAGUAGCUAUAAAGGUACAUGUUGUACAGGUAAAACUUGAUUGUAUACUAGAUAUGGAA